ACAAACAAACUUUUCAGCUUUAUAUAUUAGUAUAGAUAUAGAUUUGACAAGUAGCUAUACCUAUUCUUAAAUUUACUCCUGAAUUGUGUUACACAUCGUCAUAAAGACAAAAGUUGAGCUUUUCGGAGUAAAAAGGCUCUUAUCCCUGCAAAAACUUUUUGUCAGGGUUCGGUUAGGAAAUACAAAAUUUCUGUCAAUCAUAGUUUUGAAACUGGAACUUCAAUUAAAUCAGCUGAUUUUAAAAAGACAUUUCAUUACUGUCAUUUAAUCAAGUUUGCGAAUAACUUUUAACUUGAACAAUCAAUAUAAAAUCGUGUAUCGAAAAUAUAUUCUAAUUUUUAAUAGUAAGAAUAUAAUUGGUAGAUUAUACAAAGAUGUCGUUCCUAUAUGUAAAGGUGUACUAUGGACUUAGCUCGACGUUUUCCAGUAACCAACACAAACCGCAGUUCUUGACGGGGCUGAAAGAUCGCCUUCAAAAGCUGGGAUUUCGUGUAGAUCUCGCCCCUGUCAAGCUUAAGAACUAUUGUAUGAUCGAAAUGUGCGGCUAUGAAGUGUUCCACUGCACGUUACAAAAUCUCCACUUCAACUCGUGCUCUGAUCGAGAUGUCGUCUGCAUGCGAGCGGUCAACGCGGUAAUGGAAGCGUCAGUGAAGUUCCGAAGAGCGCGGGCUUACCUCUGGUUCUGGACGCUCAUAGAGCACGAACUCUUCAUAAGAAGUAAAUAUGGACCAAGAGACUUUUGGUUGAGGAACAAAUACGAGGGACCAGAGAAGAAAUGCAUUGAAUGUUCUACUUGCUGUGACGUAUUAUCGAAACGUGAAGAUGAAUAUUGGGAAUAAGGAU